AUGUCGAGGCUCUGUUUGGUUUCCGACGCGGCUGGACUUCACCGGCAGGAAUCUUCGCAACACGCAACACGCAUGAACGAUUUAUGGAAUGCUCAUGUUUUCCCCAGCGGACAGCACCGAGAAAACAGUAAAAUUCCAUCACACCUUGCAAAAAUACCCGCUUCAUCCAAAGCAAUAGCUGCACGAGCCGGGAUCAGGCCAGCCAGCCAGAAGGGCCCCAUCCCGGCCGGCCGGCCAGAAGGGACCCCAUCCCGGCCGGCCAGCCAGAAGGGACCCCAUCCCGGCCGGCCAGCCAGAAGGGACCCCAUCCCGGCCGGCCAGCCAGAAGGGACCCCAUCCCGGCCGGCCAGCCAGAAGGGACCCAUCCCGGCCGGCCAGCCAGAAGGGACCCAUCCCGGCCGGCCAGCCAGAAGGGACCCAUCCCGGCCGGCCAGCCAGAAGGGACCCCAUCCCGGCCGGCCAGCCAGAAGGGACCCCAUCCCGGCCCGCCAGCCAGAAGGGCCCCAUCCCGGCCGGCCAGCCAGAAGGGAUCCAUCCCGGCCGGCCAGCCAGAAGGGACCCCAUCCCGGCCGGCGUGCAGCACCACGCGAGGCCGUAAAAACAGGCGAGGAUCCACACGAAGGCUGA